UCCGCUCGUCCGUCCACAUCCACUUGCGUUUAUUUUUAUUUUCGCUUUGCGUUUCGCCAAAGAGAGCCAUGUGAAACGGGAGCAGAAAAAGGGGGGAAGAAGGCAGACACAAAUACCGCCCACUUGGACUCAAUCCUAUUUCCAUUACCAUUCCCAUAUAUUCCAUAUUCCCAGCUCAGUUCGUGUUUCGUGAUCAAAGCUUUCGGUUCGGCUUCGGAUCUCCUCGGCAGUCUUCGGGCCUCUCUUCGGGCAGCGCAUCGGUGCUCAGGACAAAAGCGGUGUUGUGGCGCAAGCUUUUGCGUUUCAGUUCUGAUUGGAGGUUCGUGCGCGGCGUUUCCUCAGCUAUUUUUGCAUUACAUUUGUUGCUGUUUUGCCUUUCUGCCUUUUUGUGCAAUUUCGCUUUUGGCUUCGUAUUCACCUUAUUUACCUUAAUUACGUGUAACCGACAAACAACAACAACAACCACACACAAUAACAACAAGUGGCCAAAGUGUUGCAAGCUUUUUUCGCCGAAGAAACCGCAAAACGGAUUACUAAGAAUCUUCCAAGAAUUGCACGCCCUGGAAUAUAUGUUUUAACGGCUGUCCCCGCUCAGAAUAAGUCUCACAGGGUCUCCAGGAGAAUCCCAGAGCAAAAGGACAAUCGAAGGACCCUAAAUGACCCCGAGUCGCGCAUGAGGACAUAGAUCGAGAUCGCAGCCUCUCACUUACUCACCCUGCUUCGCUCCUCCGCUAAGUGACGCAAACACGACGGCUUCCCAAUGAAGAUGGCAUCUCAACGCUUCUGCCUGCGGUGGAACAACCAUCAGAGCAACCUGCUGUCCGUCUUUGACCAGCUGCUCCACGCAGAAACCUUCACAGAUGUGACGCUGGCCGUCGAGGGGCAAUACCUGAAGGCACACAAGAUGGUGCUAUCCGCCUGCAGUCCGUACUUCAACGCCCUGUUCAUAAAUCAUCCGGAGAAGCAUCCGAUAGUCAUACUUAAGGAUGUGCCCUAUUCGGACAUGAAGUCCCUGCUGGACUUCAUGUACAGAGGCGAGGUCUCUGUGGACCAGGAGCGACUUACCGCAUUCCUGCGCGUGGCCGAGAGCCUGCGCAUCAAGGGCCUCACCGAGGUCAACGACGACAAGCCCUCGCCGGCAACGGGGGCCGGAGCUGGAGCUGCAGCGGGAACGGGUGCGGCUGGCUCCGAGAGCACACCCACUCCCCCGCAGCUGCAGCGCAUUCAGCCUUAUUUGGUGCCACAGCGGAAUCGUGCACAGGCCGGCGGUCUGCUGGCCAGUGCCGCUGCUGCCAAUGCUGGAAAUACGCCCACCCUGCCGGUGCAGCCAUCGCUGCUGAGCUCAGCCCUGAUGCCCAAGCGAAAAAGAGGCAGGCCACGUAAACUAUCGGGCAGCUCGAAUGGCACGGGGAAUGACUACGACGACUUUGAGCGCGAGAACAUGAUGAAUGACUCCGAUCUGGGCAAUGGCAAACUGGGCAACGAUUCCUACUCCGGCAACGAUGAUGGCUCCGAUGAUAAUCAGCAAGAUGCAGGCAAUACGGAUGACCUGAAUGAAAGUCGCGACUCUCUGCCCACGAAACGAUCAAAGAACGCCAAGGAUCACCGCAUUGUGAGCCACCACCACCAAGAGGACAACAGCACAACUUCCGUGACCACCAAUCAGGCGACUCCUGAGCUCUCCCAACGGCUUUUUGGCUCCACUUCGACCACAAUCUCUGCAGCUCCCAAGGCAUCUACCACCAGCAACACAUCUGUCCCGGAGCCACUUCCCCUGCUUGAGAUUAGCGACAACAGCGACUCGGCACCGGUGCACUUGCCCACUAUCUUGGGGCUAAAGAUAAGAGCCAUUAAUCCACCAAAUCCACCGACGCCGACUCCGCCCACGCAGACACCGCCACAAACGCCAUCGAAAUCGAAGCCGAAGACCAAGCAGGGCAGCGGCAACACGAACUCCUUGCUGAAGCAGCAGCUACGAGGUGGUGCCAAGGAUCCAGAGAUACCACUGGCCCCCAGACGAAUCACAGUGGCCGUUUCGCCCAACUCCACUCUCAGCAUCGAGGAGAAUGCCACCAAGGAGGUGGCGAGGGCAACCCAGGAGGAGGUCAAUGCCUGCAGUGGCCUGCAAUCGCUGGCCAAUGCUGCCGAACAGCAGGCGGCUCAGGUGCACCACCAGCUGCUCCUGCACAUGGCGGUAAAUAAUCCCAUGCUUAAACCCACCGAUUACUACCAGCAGCAGCAACAACAGCAGCAGCACCAGCAGCAGCAGGAGGCUUCUCCCUCCAGUGGUGGCCAGUUUAUGGACGAUGACAUGGACUUCCUCAUGCACGAACAGCCGUUGAAGGAUGACGAAGCCGAUCAUGAAAUGCUAACCUUGGCCGAUGAAAACGCUGGAUUACCCGGCUAUCAGGAUGAGCGCUCCAAGCACGACGAAGACUCGCCCGAGCCAGCACCGGUUCCUACUCCAAGGAGCGGCAAAAAGGGAGCCAAGCGACCCAUUCAACGACGACGAGUGCGCCGCAAGGCCCAGUCCACCCUGGAUGAUCAGGCCGAGCACUUGACGGAGAUGUCCGUGCGGGGAUUGGAUCUCUUCCGCUAUGCCAGUGUGGUGGAAGGUGUCUACCGGUGCACCGAAUGCGCCAAGGAGAACAUGCAGAAGACGUUCAAGAACAAGUACAGCUUCCAGCGGCAUGCCUUCCUCUACCACGAGGGCAAGCAUCGCAAGGUCUUCCCCUGCCCUGUCUGCUCCAAGGAGUUCUCGCGGCCAGACAAGAUGAAGAACCACCUGAAGAUGACGCACGAGAACUUUACGCCGCCCAAGGACAUCGGUGCAUUCAGUCCCCUGAAAUACUUGAUAAAUGCAGCGGCUGCCGGCGAUAUGCAUGCCUCAAUCGCCUAUCAGCAGCAGCAGGAACAGGAGCAGGCCCAUUACCAGAGGCAGUUGGUCGAACAGGAGCAGCAGCAGCAGCAGCAGCACAACGCCUCCUUUGACAACCAGGAGGAUAGCUCGCAACUUCUCCUGAUGCCGGAUGUGAAGCUCGAAGACCAAGAUGCUGACGAUGUUGGGCUCAACGAUGGCGGCGGCUACGAGGCCUCAUCGAAUCCAGAGGCCGCUGCUGCCGCCAUGCUAAGCCUGCAGCAAGAUGUCAUCAUUAAGAAUGAGAUACAGAUCUCGCCGUCGCCUUCGCCCACGCCCACCGUAACGCCGCAGCCGCCCAGCUCCUGCGCGGUGGCGGAGGGCAAGUCCUUGGCACUGGCCACCACCGCACAAACCGCAACGUAAAGACUUUGGCAACGCGCACAACGCAACGUUUUACCUUAAAGAAAAAGAAUGCGAGGUCUGAAACUGAAACUGUAGAAUACUUCAUAGAUACAUUUAGUUAUAGAUGAUAAGCGAUCGUGGCAGACUCAAAUCGGUUAGUUAAAUUUACUAGACUAAACUGAAUGGUAAACGCAUAAGCAAUAUUAUUAUAACUACCAACUAGUAAGUGCUCCGUCCAGCCUUUCACAAGCAAAACUAACUAACUAAUAAGUAAUAUUUAAUUUUUAGCUAGAAUAUAAUUUUAAAACGACGCACACACUAGGGAUGUUUCAUGAGAAAUUGACCAUCGAUCGAUAUUCUGUUUGAUUAUAUAGAUAUUUUAACGUUCGAUAUAACUACAUCCCUAGUACACAGUAAACUUUAAUGACUUUCGGCUUUAAUUAUAAACAAAUUUUUGACUGGCUCUCAGCAUGCGAGCGCUCUCUUUUAUAACCUUUUCCAUUUCUCUUUUAUUUGUGAUUUUGU